AUGGAUCAUACUGUGAAUUGCAUUUUGUUGGUCAUGCAAUUUUUUCCAAAUUUGACUACUAUUGUUGCUGAUAAUCAUUCGGUGUUUUCUUCAGCCAUUUGGAAGAAGUUAUUAGCUGGUUAUGAAGUGAAAGUUGUUCAUAGUGCGUCAUAUUACCCUCGCUCAAAUGGUUUGAUCGAGAUCCGCAACAAGCUGUUCAAAUCUAUUCUCAAAGAUUUAAGUUACAAGAAGGUUUUAAGUGAUAUUAGUCACAAUCAAUUUACAUCAUGGUCCAAGACUUGUCUUUUAGCUACUAUGUUGUUCAAUAUGAGACCUAAUUCAUUCGGAUACUCACCCUUCUUUUUAUUGUUUGGACACAAGGCGGAUUCUACACAUUUGCAACUUCAUAAGAUCACUCAAGAAUCUCCAACAUUAUCCAGUCCACAAUUUGGGAUCACUAUCUCACCUCCUCCUAAUGCUGCUGCUAUUCCAGCUGUUUCUGCUGCUCAACAACAGUUAAAUGUCAUACAAGAAAAGGAAUUUUUUGAUGCUCGUGUUCACCAAAUUGAAAGCCAUAUCAAACAUCGUGAUGCCAAUUGGUCCUUGCGUCACAAACAACGUGUUUUACUACAUUAUCCCAUCGAGUUUUAG